CGUUGCCCAUUCCCUUGACUUGCAGUUUAGAGCCAUUAGCAACAGUUAAUUCAAUGUUCUGGACAGGAUUUAUUUCUUUUAACACAUUGGAAUCGCAUGUCAUAUGAUUAUAACAUGCUGAAUCUAAAAGCCAAGGUGUACGGGUGCGAAUCUUACCUGUGCGGUAUCUUACCUGAUACUCCUACGAUAGGCAGUAAGUGGGUAUAUACUAUUAAGGUACUUCCUGACGGGACUAUUGAGCGCCACAAGGCACGGGUUGUGGCUUUAGGCUAUACACAGGAGCACGGGGUGGAUUAUAAUGAAACUUUUGCUCCUGCGGUGCGUAUGUCGACUGUUAGGACCCUUCUUGCGGUUGCUUCUAUGAAGAACUGGACUCUCUCGCAACUUGAUGUGAAGAAUGCUUUUCUUCACGGUGAUCUGGAUGAGGUUAUCUACAUGGAAAAACCUCCUGGCUAUCAUGUUGGAAAACAUGGACAGGUAUGCAGACUGAAACGCUCUCUUUAUGGGUUGCAUGGGCUUGAGAGCUCUACCCAACUAUAGGCCCACUGCACUACACGUUACUGCAUAUACACAGGUUGCGGAUUACAUAUAUUCAACACUUUUAUCGUACACUUUGUGAUUAAUUUAUGAUAUAUAUGAUAUUCGUUCUAACCUCAAAGCUCUACAACCACAUAUGUUUUUAUCACGUGUAUGGAUUCCCAUGAAUUUAAUUCAAUCUCAUUUUCAUCACCAAAGAUAGAUUGUGAGGAAAAUUCAACAUAUAUGGUGAGAUUUUUUGAGAGAAAAUCCCUCAUUAAGAUUCCAUAAGCAAAAGUAGGCCCAGUAAGGUACUAAAGGCCCGCAUGUUAGCACGGGAUUAAUUUCUGAGGAUCUCAUUUGGGCUGGACGUCCACCUUAACUCGAUCUAGCACGGAUCUCAAACGGCGGCCCAUACAUUUCCCUUCAAACUAAACCUAUAACCGCACAACUUUCACCGAUUUGAUUACAUUGGCAGAUAGCUUACUCUGUGGUGAUUGGUGAGCCAGAUCAAUGGUGUUGGGCCAGUAGAACUAUUAAUCUAGUUGGUUCGGUUCAUCAUUUGACUGGAACGUUAGGGAUGGAGUGGGCGCAACGGUUUUUGGCGGUUUUACGUGAAAUCAGUUGAACCACCCCGGUUUGACUAUUCCGUUGGCUCGUAAUUUGAACCACAAAAAAUUAAAAAUAUAGAUACACUUUAAUGUAAACCAAGAUCAUCCAAUCUCAAUCACUAAUUUUGUGUAUGUUUCAUCUUCUUCAUUUCUCAACCUCCUUGUCAGUUUUGUGUGGAGCACUACGGAUUGCCACUCUUAUUACAAACUUGAAUUGAACAUAAACUUUUUUUUUUUUA